CGUCACAGAAUAUUCGAUAGUCCAGAUUGCGUCUUUCAGAAGUUGUCCUCAUGUCGCCAUGAUUUGUCAGCUGCGUAUAUAUAAGAGAAGAUCGAUGUACGCUCUUGACCGUCAGCGCUCAUCAUGCCUCGUAUCGACGUACACCACCAUUUCUUCCCUGCCGCUGGUCUCAUGAAACAGCGGUCAGUCGGCUGGAAACUACCGCCUGAAAACUUCCCAUGGACGCCUGAAAUUAGUCUGAAAUUCCUUGCGGACACAGGGAUCGAUGCUGCAAUUCUUUCUAUCCCGGCGUAUUCUGAAGGUUCUGUCAGUCCAGAGAAUCGCAUGGUGGCUAGAAAGCACAAUGAGUAUGCAGCGGAAAUCUGUGCCCGCUAUCCCGGCAAGUUUGGUUUUUUUGCCAAUCUCCCAUUCUUAGACGAUGUGGAAGGUGCCCUGAUAGAAAUUUCGUACGCGUUUGACGUACUUCAUGCUGAUGGUGUUGGUCUCUCGACCACUAUCGGUGAAGGACCGAACGGGAGGUACUUGGGUGACGAUAAGUACGACCCUAUCUGGGAAGAGCUCAAUCGACGCAAAGCGGUAGUAUUUGUUCACGGCGCUCAGAGCCCUUCGUCGACUCCUUGGCCCAAUACAUUCCUGGGUCUUCCUGUAACUGAAGUUCCAAAUGAGACAUAUAAAGCUGCCGCACAUCUCGUUGUCACAGGGAAGAAGCGCAAGUACAACGACGUAAAGAUCAUACUAUCUCACAUGGGUGGAAGUACCGUCAUUCUUGCCAGCCGGGUUGCUGGUCUCUCUCCCUACAUGGGCUGCCCACUGACAUCGGACGAGAUAAUGGAGGAUUUCAAGAGUUUUUACUUCGACACCGCCCUGGCUUCUUAUGAAACGAAUCUGAUCAUGAUCGAAUCGUUUGCUCAGCCUGAUCGUGUUCUUUUUGGGACGGAUUUUCCCGGUAGAUGCGUAAUGUUUUCACUCAUUUUUUGUCUAAUAACAUCCUGGACAGCAAUCGCUACCGAGACGGCACAAUGGUACACAACUCAUUUGGAACGUUUUUACAACGAGAAAGAGACAAGAUUACGGCAAAUAGUGUUUGAAAAUGUGCUUGAGUUGUUUCCAAGGUUCAAUCGUAUCGUCUAAGUUAUAUAUACCGUAUUGGGGACCUAUAUAUGGUAUUCAUGCGACGACGACAUAUCUUCUACAAAACCGCUAUUAUCCUCCUCCCCGCUAGAUCAUAUUCCCCAAUGUUAGAUCCGAAUGUCACUCAUAGCAUUAAGCAUCGUUAUGCC